UGUGUCCUCCUGCAGCUCCGAGCAAAGCCGCCUGCCACCAUGGUGCACUGGACAGCCGAAGAGAAGCAGCUCAUCACCAGCGUCUGGAGCAAGAUCAAUGUGGAGGAAUGUGGUGCCGAGGCCCUGGCCAGGCUGCUGAUCGUCUACCCCUGGACCCAGAGGUUCUUUGAUAACUUUGGGAACCUCUCCAGCCCCACUGCCAUCAUUGGCAACCCCAAGGUCCGCGCCCAUGGGAAGAAAGUGCUCACCUCCUUCGGGGAAGCCAUCAAGAACCUGGAAAACCUCAAGGCGACCUAUGCCAAGCUGUCCGAGCUGCACUGUGAGAAGCUGCACGUGGACCCUGAGAACUUCAGGCUCCUGGGAGACAUCCUCAUCAUCGUGCUGGCCGCACACUUCACCAAGGACUUCACCCCUGCCUGCCAGGCCACUUGGCAGAAGCUGGUCAGCGUGGUGGCCCAUGCUCUAGCCUACAAGUACCAUUAAACCCUCUGGAGGCAGAUGUGUCUGUAACAGUCAAUAAAACCCCCACAUUUUCUGGA